GCCGUGGGACAAGGAUGCCGAGCUCCUGGGCGCUGGUGCUGGCGGUGCUGGGGGGGGCCUGCGCCCUCCCUGCCCCGGCCCCCCUGGCCUACACCCAGGUGCUGGCUCAGGCCGUCGAAUCCUCAAACCAGCGCCCCGAGGUGCAGAACGCCUUCAGGCUGCUCAGCGCCGACCCCGAGCCCGCCCCGGACAUCCAGCUCAGCUCCCCGCAGCACCUCAACUUCACCAUCACGGAGAUGCAAUGCCCGGCGCGCUUGAGAAUCUGCCCUGAUGCCUGCGAGUUCAAGGAGGACGGGCUCGUCAAGGACUGCUCCGCACCCGUGCCCCAGCGUGGGAGCUCCGUGCUUGGUGUCACCUGCGUGGACUCCACCACGGACCCCAUCAGGGUCAAGCGCUUCUGGCUGCUGCUGGUAACAGCCAUCAAGACGGUGGCUGCUGGUGUUGGCAUCUUCAAGGCCUUCAAGGGAUGAGACCCCCUCGAGGGGCUGCCAUCUGCCCCCCUCCCACCUUGGUGUCCCCCCGACCCAAAUAAAGCUGCUUUCCAGCCCCA